GCGCCGAUCUUCGCCUUCGUGAUCGCGCUGAUCGGCUGCUACGAGGGGCUGAAGGUCUCCUCCAACGCCGAGUCGGUCGGCCUGCGCACCACCCGCGCGGUGGUCGAGGCGAUCUUCCUGGUGAUCGUGCUCGACGCCCUCUUCUCGGUCUUCUACUCGGUGAUCGGCCUCGCGCGCGGCGCGGCCCCGGCCGGCGACCCGGUGAUCCGCGUCACCGGCCUGACGACCCAGUUCGGGCGUCACGUGGUGCACGAGAACCUGGACUUCGCGGUGCGCCGCGGCGAGGUCAUGGGCCUGGUCGGCGGCUCGGGCAGCGGCAAGUCGGUGCUGCUGCGCUGCAUCGUCGGGCUGCUGCGCCCGACCGCCGGACGGAUCGAGAUCCUCGGCCGCGCCGUCGAGGGGCCGGGCGACCCCGACCUGCGCGCGCUGCAACGGCACUGGGGCAUGCUGUUCCAGGACGGCGCGCUCUUCUCCUCGCUGACCGUGGCGCAGAACAUCGAGCCGACCGCCGGGCUCGACCCGAUCGGCGCCAGCCAGUUCGACGCCCUGAUCGGCGACCUGCAGUCGGCCCUGGGCCUGAGCGUGGUCAUGGUCACCCACGACCUGGACAGCCUCUAUGCCAUCUGCGACAGGACUAUUUUCUCGGUCCGCGCGGCCGGGCGGCGGCGGGCGCAGCGGAGCGUGCGGCCGGAAUCGACCCUGCGGCCGGGGCGAACGCCGAGGGGGCGGAUGGAAACCCGGGCGAACUACAUCCUGGUCGGCGCCUUCGUGCUGGCGCUCUUCCUCGGCAGCUUCGCCUUCGUCAUCUGGCUGGCGAAGUUCCAGGUCGACACCACCUUCGAGCGCUACGACCUGCUGGUCUCCGGUUCGGUCACCGGCCUGGCCGAGGGCAGCCCGGUGCGCUACUCCGGGGUGCGCGUCGGCGAGGUGGUGGACAUCAAGCUGGAGCCCGACGACCCCGGCACCGUGCGGGUGAUGGUGCGCGUCGACGCCGAGGUGCCGGUCAAGACCGACACCACCGCCAGCCUGGAGAUGGAGGGGCUGACCGGCGGGCGCUACGUGCUGCUGCAGGGCGGCACGGCGGCAGCGCCGCGGCUGCGCGCGGCGGCGACCGAGGCGGUGCCGGAGAUCCGCACCGAGGCCUCGUCCCUGGAGCAGGUGCUGGAGGGCGUGCCCGAUGCCGUCGCGGCCAUGCAGACCACCCUGGCGCGGGUCAACCUGCUGCUGAGCGACCGCAAUCUGGCCAGCCUCGAGACGACGAUGACCAACAUCGAGUCGCUGACCUCCGAGCUGGCCGGCCGGCGCGACCGGAUCGGCGCCCUGGUCGACGACGCCUCCGGCACCCUGGCCAACCUGAACGAGGCCAGCGCCGUGACGGCGGACCUGGCGCGCGACGCGCGCGGCCAGUUCGGCGACCUGACCCAGAAGACCGGCACCACGCUGGACGCGGUGCGGCGCCUGGCCGAGCGGCUGGAGGGCGAGGUCGACACCUCGGCCACCGGCCUCAACGAGAUGAUCGCCGAGCUGCGCGGGGCGGCGCAGUCGAUCGAUGCCAUGGCCGGCGAGGUGCAGGCCAUGGUCGCGGAGAACCGCGAGCCGAUCCGCGACUUCACCGCGACCGGCCUCUACGAGCUGGCCAACCUCCUGUGCAGCGCGACCCGGCGCGGUUCAUCUUCGGAGAUCAGCAGGAAGGCUAUGAAGCGCCGCGUUGAGGGGAGGCCGCCCGUCCGGCCGGACCGCCGGGGACUGUUGCGCGCGGGCGCGGCGGCGGCCCUGCUGGGCGCGCUGUCGGGGCCGCUGGCCGGCUGCACCCAGCUCGUGCCGGGCCAGCGCCCGCCGCCGCAGUUCUUCCGCCUGUCGCCGAAAAGCCGGUUCGACGAGAGCCUGCCGGAGGUCGACUGGCAGCUCAUCCUCGAACCGCCGAUCGCCAAUGCCGCGCUCGACACGGUGCGCAUCGCGCUGAUGCAGCAGCGCAUGGAGGUGGAGUACUACGCCCGCGCCAACUGGACCGACCAGGCGCCGCAGAUGGUCCAGACCCUGAUGAUCGAGUCCUUCGAGAACUCGCACAGGAUCGUCUCGAUCGGUCGGGAGUCCCUGGGCCUGCGCGCGGACUUCGUGCUGAAGAGCGAGCUGCGCGAGUUCCAGGCCGAGUACUUCCACGGCGCCCUGCCGCAGGCCCACGUGGCGCUCAACGUCAAGCUGGUGCAGAUGCCGCGGCGCGCCAUCGUCGCCAACCACAGCGUCGCGGCGCGCGAGCCGGCCGAGGCCGACACCCUGCCGGCGGUGGUGCGCGCCUUCGACGCGGCGCUGGGCGACUGCCUGCGCGACCUGGUCGGCUGGACCCUGACCACCGGCGAGCGCUUCUACACGGCCGACCCGC